AUGGCCUACUACAGGAAGUGCAUGGAGCUCGCCGUCGAGCAGCUGGACAAGUUUCAGCCUGAGAAGGACCACCCGGAGCAGUUCCUGGAGACCGUGUCUGCCUCGCUGCAGGCUCUGAGCCCGCAGAAGCAGGCCUUUGUUCUGGAGCUCCUGUCCGGGUGUCUGGAGUACCAGAAGCUGCUGACCAUCGUGGUGGAUGCCUUCUACGUGCGGGCUGGCCGGCUCUGCCUGUGGGCCGACUACAGCCUCUUCGAGGUGACCUGCUACCUGGCCACCUUCCAGCUGGAGGAGCUCGGCUUCCCACUCUUCUGUGACAUCAUCAGCGCCCAGCCCGUGGACAAGAUGCGCAAGUUCCUCGGGUUCUUCUUCAACCCCGUAAACCUGUGUUCCUGGAUCAAGGACGAGUGGAGCCUCAUUUACGAGACAAACUAUGUGAAGGAGAACUGGAUCGACCCCCUGAUGAGAUGGCAACCAAAGGUCCAGGAGCUGAUCAGCCAGCUGGAGGGAGUGUCGGCGUGUCAAGUCCCCCUUCUGAAGUCCAAGGCUAAGGCCACAGAGCCCAAGGAGUUCAACCUGACCGCCCCCAGGCCCCGUGCCAUCCCAAUGCCAGAACCAGUUCCCAGCUUGGCCAAAAUGAAAGCAGUGCCUCGGAGCACCUACCAGGUGCCCAAGGAGCAGCAGCAGCUGGAGAUGAUCAAGAGAGACAAUCGCCGCAGGGCCGAGGAGCUGCUGCUGAAGGCGAACGUGGAGGAGCUGCGGUGCGCGAUGCCCAGGGCCCGCGGGGAGAAGCCAGCACAGGAAUGCAAGAAGCAGCUGCAACCCCAGAUCCCACCUCGAAUUCGAAAGACUCCAAAGCUGACCUUCUACAGGCCGGACAACGUGCCCGUCAAGCUGAACACCGCGGCCAUCCUGCGGGAAGGGGCCUUAUACCAGCGGCAGGUGGAGCGAGAGCUGCAAAGGGUUGGUCAGCUUGUGGAUGGGGCCGGGGACGUCUCCGAGUUCCUCGAGUGGCAGAAGCAGAUGCUGGCCAAGGACCGGGAGGAGCAGCUGGCCGCGGACGAGUGCCGGCGGCUGCGGGGGAAGCUCAGCCAGCAGGAGGCGGUGCUGGCCCGGCACAGCCACGUGCAGGAGAACAGGCAGAAGGCCAACCAGAAGAAGGAGGAGACGGCAGCGCUGAUGCGGCAGUGUGCACAGAGGCGGCUCCAGGAGGAGCGGUCGGUGAGGGAGCGGGUGGAGCAGGUGGUGGAGGCGCAGAAGAACGUGAAGGCGGCUCAGGCGAAGCUGGUCCAGGACCGGCGGCAGAUAGUUCAGGAAGUGAUGGAGGAGAGCCGGGAGCUGCUGCAGCGCACCGCGGAGGCCGCCAGGGAGGAGCAGAGGCGGCGCUGGGAGCUCACCUCUCAGCUGCGGGCACUGGAGACACAGCCCACGCGCAAGGGCAAGCUGGUGGACCUGACCCAGAUCCCAGGGUACGGCCUGGAAGGGGAGAUGUCGGUGGUGGAGCUGCGCGAGCGCCUGGCCCUGCUCAGAGAGAGCCAGCGGCGCAAGGAGGAGGAGAAGCGGGAUGAGAUCAUCCAGGGCAGGCGCGCCAGGAGCCAGGAGCUGCGCAACACGCUGGAGCAGAUCUCGCUGUGCCGAGCGGCCAUGGGACGGGCCGCAGCCUUGAGGUGGGAGGAGAAGAAAGCGCAGGCGGCGGCCCCGGGCGACCUCUCCAAGGACGAGCGCGUGCGGGAGCUGCGGCGCAGAGUGGAGGAGCGGGCGGCCGAGCGCCGCAGGCAGGCGGCCCUGCUGCGCGUGGUGGCGCCGAGGGCAGCGCGACCCCAGGCCGCGGGUCCGGCGGAGGCGCAGCACUGGCAGGAGCUGGCGCGCAGCCGGGAGCGCAGGCUGCAGGCGCGGCAGCGCGGGGCCGCCCCUCCGGGGCCCGCGCCCCGCCUCGAGGCCGCCUGA